ACAUUCAAUAAGUGCGCGCCAACGCUAUUCCGUGCGCGAACGUUUCUUUAGGUGUGUACGAUACGAAAAAAAAAAUCAAAUAUCGUAAAUAUUAAAUUGUAAAUUUAAUAAAAGUGUAUUUAGAAUGAAAUAAAAAAGUUUAAGUGCCACUAAACUGUGUGUUCUGUGUUGUGUUGGAUAUUUAUAAGUAAAGGAUUUAUAUCAAGAGUAGUACAGUCGGCACACAAUGGCUACCAAGUCUUAUAGCAAACACAAAGAGUUUAAAGAGUAUUCGAGUAGCAGCAAUGUGGUCCCGUACACCGAGGAACAAUUCGAUAUGAUAAAAUCCGACCUGCUACCGAAAGGUAGCAAGCUGAACUCGCUGGGCCGAGGAGCUGGCUCCAGGGAGUACCACUACGAAUACAAAGAGGAGAAACAUCCCUCUGGCAAAUAUGACAGGAAGGAUCUCCAUACUGUUGAAGAGUACACAAUUCCCCCCAAAACGGCGCCUAAAUCUUCCGAAUCAAGUUCAUAUUACUACGAAAGGGAGGAGCGAGAGUUACCAGCACUUAACGGUACCACUGGCACCCGCACAUAUAACUACGAGACGGUCACUAAUACCACACCAGGGUACACGAAAGUGAAGAGUUCUAAAGUGACAAAGGACCUCUCGCAGAACGUCGAAGAGCUGGACUCGCUCCUGGACGAUCUGCAGAAGGACCAGGAGAGGCAAUUAUAUAAGAGUGGAUACACGUCCGACACAGCUGAAAGCACAUCUUUCGACUACAAGCGAGGAACCCCACUGAAGGCGCCCUCUAGCGGUUACUCCACUCUACGCCAUGAGGAGCGCGUGGAGUCCUCGUCGUGGGGCUCGAGUCCUCCGCCCACAGUCUCCCGGGCGGCCGAGCUACGACAGGAAAUGUAUCGAGAGGAGAAGACCGAGUCGCGCGUGGUGCCGUCGCAAAUAUCGCCGGCGGUGCCUCAGAUCGUCCCAGCGGCUGUGUGCUCCCACUGCCACCAGCCACCCAACACUGGCACCUUGUCCCGCUCCGGCACGCCGAUGAACAAGGUGACGACGACGGUGAAGACGUACACGUACGAGGUGCCGGCCGGCCAGGACCCCACCACCGUGCCGCUUCCACCUCACGCCGAUACCCACCACACAUACGUCAGCCGCUCCGAAAACAUGCGCUCGUCGGGCACCAGCACGCUGCAGCCGGCGCCGGCCCCGGCCCCGGGCGGCUGCCAGUACUGCACGCACUGCAACUCGCAUAUACGGGAGUACAAGCACGUCGCCACCACCGAUGAGCAUACGAACGAGCGCGUGCUGUACCCGACGCCCGCCAACGAGACCAAACUGCUAACGCCGCACGAGCCGCACCCUGGACACGCACCGCAUGGUCCAACGACAUACAAGUACAGCGAGACGACGUACUCGUCGCACAACUCGUCGCAGCGCUACCCGGCGCCGGCGCCGUCGCCCGGCCCCUUCCCGCGUCCCGUCACGCCCUCUGCCGGCACGCAGCAGCCGCCCAAGAAGCUGGACGACCUGCUGGCCGACUUCCCUGAAGCGAGAUAUCCCACUCAGCCGGACGGACUCGUCCGCCGUAAGGUGGAGGUGACACACGAGCGGUCUACUCAAGAGCAGAACAACACCAGCAGCGGUGCAGCCAAGCCGCUGGUCCCUGUUGGCGGCAGCAAGAACGUCGCCGGCCCCGCCGUCUACUACCCCCCUGGGCACACGCCCUUCGUGAAGAAAGAGGUCGCUGGCUACCAGGCUAAUUCAAUGCAGGGCGGCGGCGCGUACGCAUCCGGCCGCGGCAUGUACGAAUACGAGGCGGGCUCGCGCUCCAAGGAGAAGCACUCCGAGAAGAAGACCGCCGUGCCCAUCUGCCUGCCGCUCUGCUGCGCCAUGCCCUGUGUCAUCAUGUAACGCCCAUGGGACUACUCCAUGCUAACCUACUGCUAAGUGACGGGGACUAGCCGUGGGUAAUACCUAUAUAUUUCAGUUGCAAUAUGUAUAUAUUGGGCCAAUAAUGAAUAUGUAAAGUCUGUUACCCGAAACAUAAUAUUGGAUAACGAACCUUUUAACAUAUUCGAAAACAGAGGGCCUACCAUGAAAUGUUUUCCGAAAUUUCGGAGCCAAACGAAACACAAAUAUGAUGUUAAAAUUACAUAAUACAUGCCGUUUGGAAAUAUUAAAAAUGUUAAAAUAUCGUUCCUUUGGACUUUUAUGAUAGGAUGUAUGACGAAUGAAAUGUUACACUCCAUUUAUUGAUCCAAUUUUGGUAUAAACAAAAACACAAAAUUGAGUCCGAAAUUUCGGAAUUUCACUUCAUAGUAGACCCCCAGAUAUCCGACCGAUAUGGGCGAUAUCGAAAUGGGUGAUGAUCAUUUUUCGACAUCUUUGUUCAGAGGAACCCAAUAUAUAGAUAUUGGAUCGGUAUCCAUAUUGCCCAUGCAUAACGGGGACUGGAUACCACGAUAGAUACCUUUAAUACGAUAUGACGAUACACAAUCUACCAAGUAAUACUGGAAAAAGUUUAUAACAAUGAUCCCCUGGUGAUAAAAGAACGAACAGUUAUCAGGAAUCUCAAACGUUUCAUUGCAACAUUCAUUGCAACGCUCAAACGAUACGAUCCUAUACUAUUAGCGUCUUAGACCUUGACUUCCACUAUGAAUUUGGGUGCCCCCUUCCUUCGAUGACGAUCCGAAGAUGUUGAGCUACAAGGGGCUCGAGCUUUUAUAGGGCUUCCACUAGUGCUUUCAAGUACUCAUCGAUAUUUUUGGGCAGGGGGAGGGGGGUUAAUUCACAGCCAUUUGGUAGUAAAAUAAUAAAUACAUUGAAAAAUAGUCUGAAGAUCUAAAAGUACCUAGGUACAUAUAUAUACAAAAGUGAUUUUGCUAAAAUUGAUUUAGCCCAAUAAAAUUCUUUACUCUGAUAAAAUACCUUGAUUAUUGUUAAUACAGUUAAAUCCACCCGCUUCAAGUUUUUCAUACUAUAUGCUAUAUAAAAAAAAAUAUUGCUCAUUUCAUAUAAAAAAAUCUCAGAGACCAAGAGUCAGGGAACUACAUAUAUCUUAAACCGCUGGAUAUCGUUACGAUAACUCAUAGGGUCUAUGAAAUGAUGGCUUAAGGCAGGGGAAAGCACAAAAGAUCCCGAUGGGUCGACGUGCAACGGCUUAGCUGACCCCAUAUCCGAAUAUAAGAUAUAAAAAUAUUGUAUCUAUUAAUUUACCUAUAUGGUUUCCAGGCCCCAUAACUAAUUACAUAAGUAAAUAUCAAGUGUUUUCGGUAUAAAACAGGCGUACCACCUGAAUACGCGAUAUGUGAUAUUAGAUGAGAUCAGAAAUAGCACCAGUUUUUUUAAUUUUCCAUAAGAAAUUGUCGCUUGUCCAUAUUUCAAGGAUGUCUACAGGGUUAUUAGACAGAAUAUAUUAUAUUAAUAAUAGGUAAUUUUUUAAUACUCUAUAAAUAUGAAAUUAUACAAAACACAUGGCGAGAGGGCGCCACGUGAUUUUAAUUCUAAUAUAUUCUGAUAAUUAUAAUUUUAUUUUUUGUAUAAUGCAUUGUCUAAAAUUAUUUUCCUGGGGAAUGGAGACGAGGGGGGGAGGAGCUGGCGCCUUUAAACAUGCACAGUAUGUACAUGUCUUUGGGCAUAGUUGAAACUCAUCUCGCAUUCUGUGAUGGGCAUAAAACAAUACUAGGGUGGGCAUGCCCUUCAUGGCCAACCACUUAAAUAUGCCUACGCUAUUGGGUUCUAAGUAGAUAAAUUUACUGCAAAAUAUAAAUGUUUUAACUCAGGGCCGUAGCUAGACCCAAGUUUUAAGGUAGAGUAAAAUAACUUUUUGGUAGGGCAGAAGCCAUAAUUUAGUGACUUUGAAAAAGAGAAUCUGUCAAAUUUUCUUGGGGCCUUUUAUUUUAAGAUAGGGCAUUGGGAUUUUUAAGGUAGGACACUGCCUCACAAUACCCCCCCCCCCCUGUUACGGCCAUGUUUUAGAUAUAUCUGAUAUCAUCUAAUACAACAUCGCAUCGUUUACAAGAAUCUCAAUACUUCUUAAAGAGACAGUAGAGAGCGAGAGCUUGAAAAUUUAUAUAAAUUUAGAUAGGUUAACUAAUUUUUGUAUAUAAAUUUUCGGAUCCGGGUUUUAAAAGGACCAUUUUUGCUAAUUCAUAUAACGAUCAUAUAAAAAUGAUUAGCAUAAAGUGGUUAUUUUAAUCUCCUGGAUCGUACCUUAAGAUGUUCGCUGCCUGAUAUCUCAUAAUACAGGGUACCUAUCCUGGUUUGGGAAUCAAGCAUAAGGGAAAUAUUAUUUGAUAAAAAAAACUUAUAAACAUUAGAAAUAUACUUAAUUUCUCUUAUAGAAGUCUCCAAACCUACUAAAAAACUCGGUAACUGUGAUUUGUCAUAAUAAUUUUAACUAUAUUCAAGCGUAAAUCCCUCGCGGGGUAGACAGAUGACUGGAUGCCAAAGGCCUCUAUCCUUGUAUAUCUUGGUUUUCAUACCUCAUGCAAUACGAUAGUUUUGGAGACUAUCAAAUAAUAAUCUUUAUAUACUUAAUAUUCAUAAUUUUUAGAUAUUUAAUAUUUAUAUCCAUAUUACUUGCAAAUAUUUUAAAUACACUAUAAGGACUUGACGCAAUGAAAAAUUUUGCAGGUAAAUACUACCAACAUACCUGCUUCUUUAUUGGCGACGUUUCAACGUAAAUUGCACCACGUCGUGGGUAAUAAUACCACGUCAUCGUGCCUUAAAUCCCGAUAACGUAUUUAAAAUAUGUGUAAAGUUUAAAAUUAACUACUUGCAAAUAAUUAUAAUUUAUAAAGAAUCUCAAAUUUGAUAUUAUAAGUGUAACGUGAGGUAACAUGUUCACAAUUUGUCCAUUUUUGUAAUGCAACUAACAAUGUGCCAUUAUUGUUAUAUAAAUACAAGUGAGAGCGGCUCCUUCAUAUCUUGUAUAGAGUUAUUGCAAUUUUAUCAUUAAUAAAUUAUAUUAACUGA